UGUGCACGCCCAAACACAGUUUCUUCUCGUUCUCCUUCCAUUUUGUUUUCACACAAAAGUGAAAAAAAUAUCCGAAAAAGCAACAGACGCGUAUUCCGACCGAUCCGUUCAAACAAAAUUUCCACUAUAAAGUACAUAUAAUCAUUGGAGCCCAUUCAAAACGUUCAAAACGCCACGAAGCGCGCAAAAUUAGCACACGCAUAUAAAGACCACGAAAACCAUAUAGCGGAUAGCCCAUAUAGCAUCCAAACCUAUAUCCUAUAUAGCCAUGGCUCAGAAUAUCAGCCCCGAACAGAGCGGUGGAGCAGGGGGCGGGGGCAGCAAGCAUAGCGAUGACUCUUUGCCCGUGAAAGACAAUCACGCCGUGAGUAAAAGACUGCACAAGGAACUGAUGAAUCUGAUGAUGGCCAACGAGAAGGGCAUCUCGGCGUUUCCGGACGGCGAGAACAUCUUUAAGUGGGUUGGCACCAUUGCGGGUCCACGGAAUACUGUGUACUCCGGGCAGACAUACCGUCUGUCGCUGGACUUUCCCAAUUCGUAUCCGUACGCGGCACCCGUGGUCAAGUUCCUGACGUCCUGCUUCCAUCCCAACGUUGAUCUGCAGGGCGCCAUCUGCCUGGACAUCCUAAAGGACAAGUGGUCGGCCCUGUACGAUGUACGCACCAUUCUGCUGUCCAUACAAUCCCUGCUGGGCGAGCCGAACAACGAGAGUCCACUGAAUGCGCAGGCCGCGAUGAUGUGGAACGACCAAAAGGAGUACAAAAAAUAUCUAGACGCCUUCUAUGAGAAACACAAGGACACCUAGAGUUUGUGGCGACUGAAGAGUGUUCUAUCCUAUGCUCAUAUUGCGGCGUAUUUAUUUACAUAUAGUGCAAGCAACUCCAAUCAUCUGAUCCUACUGCCCGAUCAUCAUCAUCAUCAUCAACAAUCUCCACCGUAUCAAUUCAACAUCGUUUAAUGCUGAUUUUACCUUGGCAAAAGAAAAACCCUGUGCAUUUCUUAUGUAAUUGUCGAACGAUAGACGAAUAAUCUGGUUUUUAUUAUCAUUUUUCUUUCCUCCUCCACCCACAAAUUAAUGAUAUAUGAAUGUAUUGGUAAUGUAAUUUUAAAACUGUCCGUUCUUUAAGCUUAAGCAUAAAUUUUAGUUAAUUGUUUUUAUACGCAUGAGUUUGAAUCGAGCGCAACCGCCGCUUUCCGUUUUGUACUGAUGAUUUUUAAGCGACUGUGCUGCGCCGGCCAUUAUGUGAAUGUUAGCUAAUUUUAGAGUAGCCUCACCGAACCAACCACUCGUCUUAGUAUCUCCAUUCAUGCGGCAUUCUCCCAAAACUACUGGUGUAACAAAUUCCAAGUAAUUCGAAUCAUUGUAACAGUUGAGUUAGCUUGAUGUUAUUGAAACAACUACAAAUAAAACAAAAUAUUGAACUACAUAA